UUACGCAAGUGUUUACGUUUAUGUUUUACUUCCGUAGCUCGCUAGAUGCGGAAUAUCGCUGGCUGUCUGGCAUUAAAUCCAGCAUUUUAGAGUAAAUUCGAGAUCAUGUUUAUUAGUUUUAACUUAAGUAUUAGAGUUGCUUAGCAGAUAGUUAUGUUUAAAGUCGCUUGAUGUCCGUUGUUGUCGCGGUGUCGCGAGAUUCAUCAUAGUUUCUUACGGGCAAACCUGAUUCUAGCUAAGCGUGUUAGCAACGGCUCAGCGGCAGUGAGGAUCAUUUGUACAAUCAUCGCCUGUAUUAAAUUAGGUGUAAACUUAGAUUUAAAGCUAGACAGUCAUGGCUACUAGGCGUCUGACCGAUGCCUUCUUGUUAAUGCGGAACAAUGCAAUCCAAAACCGGCAGAUAUUGGCUGAGCAAGUGAGUACAUACGACCCCCGUCUGAGUACACGUAGCAAUGCUGCGGAGCUUGAUGAGUUGGCUGAUGAUCGAAUGGCUCUGGUGUCAGGCAUCAGUCUGGAUCCUGAAGCUGCUAUAGGAGUGACUAAAAAGCUGCCUCCAAAAUGGAUAGAGGGGGUUGAUGAGAUUCAGUAUGAAAUCACACGGGUUCAGCAGAAGAUGAAGGACCUGGCCUUACUUCAUGACAAGCAUAUGAACCGUCCCACACUGGAUGACAGUAGUGAAGAAGAGCAUGCCAUAGAGAUCACCACUCAGGAGAUCACACAGAUGUUCCAUCGAUGCCAAAGAGCUGUGACAAGUUUGCAGUGUCGCUAUGGCCACUGCACCGAGCAGGAGGAACGACUACUAAGAAAUGUAGUGUCGUCUCUGGCGCAGAGCCUGCAGGAGUUGUCCACUAACUUCAGGCACACACAGUCCAGCUACCUAAAACGUAUGAAGAACCGAGAGGAAAGAUCAAAGCACUUUUUUGACUCGGGACCUUUAAUGGAAGAGGACGAGGAUUUAGCUCUUUAUGACAAAGGCUUCACAGAUGAUCAGCUGAUGAUGGUUGAGCAGAACACCGUAAUGGUAGAAGAACGGGAGCGGGAGAUCCGACAGAUCGUGCAGUCCAUCUCUGAUCUCAAUGAGAUUUUCCGGGACCUGGCCGGAAUGGUUGUGGAACAGGGCACCGUACUUGACAGAAUUGACUUCAACGUGGAGCAGGCCUGUGUGAAAACUGAUGAUGGACUGAAACAGUUACAAAAGGCGGAACAGUAUCAGAAGAAAAACAGAAAGAUGCUGGUCAUUUUGAUUCUCACUGUCAUAGUCAUUGUUCUAAUAAUUAUUCUUUUUGGAACAAAGUUUAAAUAAUGCAUUACUCUGGCUUUUGUUUUCUGUUUGGGUAUUUGUUGUGCAUUCGUGUGGACUUUGUCUCAGUUCUGCUCAAAACAAAGCCGACUGCUUUUCAUACCUACUGGGAAACGUCCAGAUGUCUCCACGGGUCUGUGGUUGAUAUUUUAUUGAAAGAAACAAUCAGUCUGUUGGAACUGUGGCUAUUUUAUCAAGUGACUGCAACAAAGGUUUAUCAAACCAAACCACGCUGACAAAAAAGUCUUAAUCAGAAAAAAACACUUGGUGGUGUGAAAUCAUGGACGAUCGAUGUUAAAUUGCUAAAGCAGAGGAAGCUCUGCUUGAACUUGAAGCACGAGUUGUGAUGUUUGUUGUUCAUUUCUGUUUAAUAUCAUUGCAAACAUGGUGAAUGGCACUUUGUAAGAAAAUAUGAAAGAGAAAUGUGUAGUAGAUCAAUUUCAUUGUAGUACUGGGUUUAUGUCCUGGCUCAGUAUUUUACCUUAAGACUAAAAUGAAAUGUUUUUUACUAGUACAGUAUGGGAUAUAAUUAUUCAUCAGUCAUGAGUCAAUCAAACUAAUUCCUUUGGUUUGUGGACCAUCGUUGUCUGUUUAAUAAUGAUAUUAAUCAGAAUAAUAACAAUAUUGAGGUUCGUGUUGAUCCAACACUGGUCUAAGGAGGGUGUAGCAGCCAGGACUGUCCUCCAAGUCAUCAUUUGAAAUCAUUUGAAACGUUACCUGCUGUUGCAGACCUGCUGCACUUUUUUUAUGAAGUGCUCAUUUAAAACACUCAAUGCUCUUUGUUUUCCAUGGUCCUUGCAUAAAGUGCUACUUUUUGCAGUUUGCACAUUGAAGCCUGAUGGGAUGUGAUGGAUGUAAUACUACUGUCAUCUGUAUGAUGAAGAGAACUAUUUAUUUUUUAAUAACUUCAAAUAAUCUAGAGGCUUCAUUCUUCUGUCUCAGGCAGAAUUCUUAUAUAUUAUUAUAGUGUAUUUGAAGUCCAAACCUAACAGUUAAUUUCCUCUCCACUGAGGAAACUGUGGCGUACUCAAACACAGAUGUAUGAAGACAGCCUUGUUUUCCCAUGAUAGACAUGUUUUAUUUUACUGGACUGUGUUGGAGAUUUACAUGUUCUUGUAUUUUGUAAAGCUGAAAUGAAGAGCUUUAUUCUGCAUAUCUGUACUCAACGCUACACAUUAUACACCUGUUAAAUGAUCUUUGUCAUUGAUGUGAAGUGUCUGUGGAAAAAAAAGCAGUUGUGUUCUAGUGCUUCUCAUACUUAUGUUUGGUUUUCCACACAAAACUGGUGAGGACACCUCAAAGUGUUUUUUUUUAAAUAAACCUAGAAGAUAAUCA